UUGCUAAAGAUCUCACCAGAGCAAUAUAACGAGCUCUCAUCAAUGUAUUUUACUUUCGGUGGUGUAACCUAUGAGCUCAUCUCCAAUGCACGAAUCUGCCCUCGAUCAUCGAGCAGCGACCUUGGCGGUACCCCCGACGGCAUAUACCUGAUUGUUAGUGACACCGGGAACAACCCUGGUUCUGGCUUCGAUUUUGUCAAAGGUUAUUAUUUCCUGGAGCGCUUUUACUCGGUGUUCGACACGACGAAUUCCAGAGUCGGGUUUGCCAAGACUGUGCACCAAUCUCACGUCCAAUUAACUGCGGACUCUUGA